GAGGAGUCCGGACACACAGGAGGGUAUAAAAUAAAAGAAAGUGCAGGCAGGCUGAAGAUGCUGGCAGGCUGUAACGAAGCCAAGAUAACGCGUUCAACAUGGGUAACUGGAUUAUUAACAAUGGACUCACAUCCUUCAUACUGGUGGUCUGGAUGGGCAUCAACAUCUUUCUUUUCGUAUGGUUUUACCUCUUCUACGAUUUGGGGGAUCAGUUUUUCUACACGCGUCAUCUUUUAGGGUCUGCCUUGGCCUGGGCCAGAGCUCCUGCAGCUGUCCUUAACUUCAACUGCAUGCUGAUCCUCCUCCCUGUGUGCAGGAACCUGCUGUCUCUGAUCCGAGGCUCCUUCGUGUGUUGCGGCAGAACAAUGAGGAAACAACUGGACAAAAAUCUGAGUUUCCACAAGCUGGUGGCGUACAUGAUAGGGCUGAUGACAGCCGUUCAUACGAUUGCCCAUUUGCUGAACGUGGAGUGGCUCAACAACAGCAGACAAGGAGUUUAUGACAAGCUCAGCACUGCUCUGUCCAACCUGGAGGACACAGAAAACACCACAUACCUGAAUCCAGUCCGCACCACAGACAUCGAUCCGCAGCAGAUUCCAACCUACUUUGCCUUCACCACCAUUGCUGGCCUCACGGGUGUCAUCAUCACCCUGGCCCUCAUCCUCAUCAUCACCUCCUCCAUGGAGGUCAUCAGACGCAGCUACUUUGAAGUCUUCUGGUACACGCACCACCUCUUCAUCAUCUUCUUCGCUGGUCUCGUCUUUCACGGAGCCGGGCGCAUUGUGAGGAGUCAACAGAGCACAAAUCCGCCGCACAACUUCACCUUUUGUAAAGACCGCAGUGAUGAAUGGGGACGGAUCCCUGAGUGUCCCAUCCCUCAGUUUGCAGGAGGGUUCCCACAGACCUGGAUGUGGGUGAUUGGUCCAAUGGUCCUGUAUCUUUUUGAGCGUCUGCUGCGUUUCAUUCGUUACAUGCAGACAGUCAGAUACAGGAAGAUCGUGAUGCGACCUUCCAAAGUGCUGGAGCUGCAGCUGGUGAAGAACGGUUUCAAAAUGGAGGUCGGUCAGUACGUCUUCCUCAACUGCCCCGCCAUCUCUCAGCUGGAGUGGCACCCGUUCACCAUGACCUCUGCUCCCGAGGAGGACUUCUUCAGCGUCCACAUCCGCUCGGCCGGGGACUGGACCGACAAACUCAUCAGCAUUAUGCAGCAGCUGCCAGAGGGAGAACAGGGACCAAAAAUGGGAGUGGAUGGACCCUUUGGCACAGCCAGCGAGGACGUAUUCGACUAUGAGGUCAGCAUGCUGGUUGGUGCCGGCAUCGGAGUCACUCCCUUCGCCUCCAUCCUCAAGUCCAUCUGGUACAAGUUCAAAGACUCAGACCCCAAACUGCGCACCAGAAAGAUUUACUUCUAUUGGCUUUGCCGGGAAACACACGCCUUUGAGUGGUUUGCCGACCUCCUGCAGGUGCUGGAGAAAGAGAUGGAGGAGAGAGGCAUGGGGGAUUUCCUCACUUACAAACUCUAUCUGACCGGAUGGGAUCAAAGCCACGCCACUCAUGUGAUGGUUCACUUUGAUAAGGACACUGAUGUGGUCACUGGUCUCAGGCAGAAAACACACUAUGGCAGACCCGCCUGGGACAAGGAGUUUGAACAAGUCCGCAAAGAGAACCCCACGUCUGUGGUGGGAACUUUCUUGUGUGGCCCAGAAGCUCUAGCAAAAGUCUUGGAGAAGAAAUGUGUGAAAUACUCAGACGUGGAUCCCCGGAAGACCAAAUUUUACUUCAACAAGGAGAACUUCUGAGCAGGGAAACAAGAGAAAAGAAGCAUUAGGGAUUUUUGAAGAAGAAGUUUUCUCGGUCACUGUGGAUUAACUUAAGACAACUAAUGCUGACAUAAGUUGUCUGACGACCUGAGACAUUAGCUGGGUGUGUUUUGACACACUGUAUUGCACACUGAACAAGCAUGGCAUGUUAUUAACUCUGCACUUCUCAGGGACUGACUUUCCCUUUUUUCCAUCUUUAACCAUGAUGAAUCACAGCCUCACAAUCCGCAAUGAUUCAUGGUUUAUGUGGUCAGUUACACCUGUAAACUGUCAGGAACUUUAAUUUCCUGGUGGAAAUUAAAGUUCCUGAUGGUCUGAUACUUGAACAAGAUUAUAGGGAAGAAGUUUACUGAUACAGAGACAUCAGGGUUCUGUCUCUAUUGUAAAUUUGUUACUAUCUGUGUGGAAAACUACCUUUUUUGCACAAAGACAGAUUAACAAUUUAAUGUACUGCUUUCAGGUACAUAUGGCAAUUUACAGUUGACUACUAUAGCAGCUCAGCUAAGACUGCAGUUAUGCCCGUUCUUUUCUUUUGUGAAUGUAAGAAAACAGUAAACACAAAUUUCUUGGUUUAUCCAACCAGCAAGUCCAAAACCCAAAAAGACUAUCACAUGAGACAAACAGCAAAUCAUCACAUUUUUUUCUUGGGAAAAUGACAAAUGAUUAUUUUCUGUCAGUCAACUAUUUUAGCUCUAAGUCAGCAUAGUUCAUCUUUCUUAUGCAUAUGUUAUACCUGUUGUCGCCUGUGAUCAAAUACACUGUAAAUACUGUUAAUAAUGUCUUGUGAGUUUAAAUAAUUAUCACAUUUUUUUUCUUCAUUCUUUUCUGGUUCAGGAAAUAGGUUUCUUGGAAACAGACAAUGGUUUAUUAUAACCUGUCAAAUUGGCUGCUAUUUCCUUAUCAGAGUGUACAUGCAAACCAGGAGGAAGACAGUCACGUAGGCUGUGGUUAAUCAUGCUUGGAUGAUCUGGGAGGAGUCAUGGUUUUUUACAUUAUUUUCAUUAUUUCACAAUUUGCUGUUUUUAUGGUCUUUCUUAUACUCGUUCCAAACUCCUUUUGAAUAAAUGAAGACAAGCUG